AGUUUUAAGUUCAAAUUCCGCAAAUGGGUCUUUCUUAAUCCCCUCAAAACCCUAAUGAGUUCCCCUCCAAAUCUUCAUAAAAUCAGGGUUUAAGCGUAAAGGAGAUGGCUUGGGCUUCUAUUUCUACCUCUUUCCCCUCCAUCUGCAAGAAUUUGAAGUUUACCUCAUGGAGAUAUUCUGAAGGAUGGAGAUAUGAGAGGCCAAUGGUAAAGGAUGUCUGGAGAAAACCAGGCAGGGUAACACUUUGUGUCAAUAACUCAAAAGCAGAGUUUCGAAAAAGUCAGUUUGUCACAUAUGUUGCUUCUGAAGGUCAGUCAUCAGAAAGUGAACUCAAUUUGGAGUCACUAGAGCUAGAGCCAGAAACUUUGAAUCAUGUUGCUGAAGAUGACAGUCCAAGUAGUAGUUCACAUUUUCUUAGUGGAAGAACUGCUGGAAAGCCAGGGUUCAUCUCAUUUCAUGGUCUUCCAUGUCAAAGGCAAGAGGAAAUUCUUGAAACUAGUACAGGGAAAGAAAGAUCAAAGGUCUUUUGGUUUGUUGGUCCCAGUGUCCUCGUAGCUUUCUUGGUUUUGCCAUCACUUUAUUUACGGAGAAUACUCUCUACUGUGUUGGAGGACUCACUUUUAACAGAUUUUCUCAUAUUGUUCUUUACAGAAGUCCUUUUUUAUGGUGGAGUUGCAAUAUUUCUUCUUAUGGUAGACCACAUCUGGAGACCACUACAACAAAAUCAACCCAGUAAUAAAGAUUUGACAAAAUUUCACUUUGGACUUCGAAUAUCAUCUGUUGCAACCUUGGUGCUGAGCCUAAUAAUUCCUCUUCUUACUAUGGGAAUGGUUUGGCCUUGGACUGGACCGGCAGCAUCAGCUACUCUUGCACCUUAUUUAGUAGGUCUAAUUGUACAGUUUGCAUUUGAGCGAUAUACACGGUAUCAAAAAUCACCUGCUUGGCCAGUCGUUCCUGUAAUCUUUCAGGUGUAUAGAUUGCAUCAAUUGAACAGAGCAGCACAAUUGGUAACUGCGCUCUCUUUUUCAGUAAGAGGAGCUGAAACUACGUCGCAGACCUUGGCUAUAAACAGCUCCUUAGGUACUUUACUCACUGUCCUCCAAAUUCUUGGAAUCAUCUGCAUCUGGUCUCUCUCAAGCUUCCUGAUGAGGUUUAUUCCUUCUUCACAAGCCAUUCCUGAAUCCUAAGCAUCCUUUACGUAUGGAGCUGAAAUUUGAAAUUGAAGGGAAUGGGAAAUAGUAUGUGGAGAUGUCAAAUAUUGGAUCUUGCACCCAUGAGUUAGCCUUCUUUUUCAUUUGUCUCUUUAGUUAGUCUUCUUUUUCAUUUGUCUCUUUUUUAUUUCUUGAUGUAAAAAUACAUUGAGGUUACUAAUGAUGCAAAAACUCACCUUCUUUUAUAACUUA